CAUUUUUUGCUCUUGAUUUCAAAUUUGAAAUUCAAAUUUUGAGUUUCAAUCUUUUCCUCUCUGAGCAAAAAUGGUCGUACGGAAACUCAACGAACCAGAAAUUACAGAACAGAAGUCUCUCCGACUGACGAGAAAUCUGCUUCAUAUUGCGAUAUCCAAGAUCAGCUACGUCAGAGGGCUUUUCCCCGAAAAUUACUUUAAUGAUAAAUCAGUUCCUGCUUUAGGCAUGAAGAUCAAAAUCCUCAUGCCUAUAGAUGCUGAAUCCAGAAGACUUAUUGACUGGAUGGAAAAAGGUGUUUAUGAUGCAUUACAGAAGAAAUACCUUAAGACACUUCUGUUCUGCAUCUCUGAAGCUAUUGAAGGACCUUCGAUAGAAGAAUAUGCUUUUUCAUUUAGCUAUUCGAAUUCUGGGAGUGAAGAGGUGGUGAUGAACAUAAGUCGUGCUGGGAAUAAAAAACAAGGAGCAACAUUCAAGUCUACUGGAAAUAAAGACAUUAAGCCAAACCAAAUGAGGAGUUCUGCUUGUAAAAUGAUCCGAACUCUGGUUCAAUGGAUGCAAACACUGGACUGUAUGCCAGAAGAGCGUACGAUUUUAAUGAAGCUUCUUUAUCAUGAGGAUGUCACUCCUAUAGACUAUGAGCCUCCAUUCUUCAGAGGCUGCUCAGAACAAGAAGUUAAUUGUCCAUGGUUGAAGAACCCUCUCAAAAUGGAAAUCGGAAAUGUUAACGGCAAACAUUUCGUACUAGCUCUCAAGGUCAAAAGCAUUUUGGAUCCAUGUCAAGAUGAAAACAAUGACAUGGAAGAUGAUGAGGAAAUCAGCUUGGGUGUUGAUUCAACGCCAGCAACUGAUCCUUCAAAUUCAGAUAGUGAGGCUUUGACUGAAGAAAUCAUGGAUAAACUUGUAAAGAAAAAUAUUCUAUCAAGAACGGGAAAGGAUUCUUACUCCAUCAGCAAGCUGAAGAAGUGUAAUGAGGAAAUUGUCAUGAAGGAAGAGAUGGGUGUACAAGUAAAGCAAGAUGGUGAGAAAGUUCAGCGAGGGAACAAUGAAGAUUACAUAUACAUGAAGGCUCUGUAUCAUGUCCUUCCAUUGGCUUAUGUUACGAUAUCUGAACUUCAAAGUAAGUUGGAAGGAGAGGCAGAUCAGGCAUUGGUGCGUAAACUGCUAAAUAAGAUGACUUGUGAUGGAUAUGUGGAAGCCGAGAGCAAUCCAGAACUUGGUAAUCGUGUCAUUCGGUCUGAAUUUACUGUCAAGAAGCUGAUUGAGUUAAUGGAAAUAUUCGAACCUCAAAACAUAUCAACCUGUGCUUGUGGUGGUCUCUGCUGUGUUGGUUCUGAUCUUACAAGAACUCUAGAAAUAUCAGUUGAUCCUCAUCUGAAUGGAUUGUCUAGAAUUCAAGAACAACUUGGAAACAACACACGCCUUCGCAGAAAUGAGACUGCAGCAUCUAGGGAGAAUGCUAUACCCUGGAGCAAUAAGCGCAAUGGUGUGGAUGGGAGGGGAUUCACCAAGUAUGUUGAGCAUGAUAAAACCUCCUGUAGCCGUCUGAGUCAGGAAAAGCACACCAGUAAAACUAGCACAGUGGAAGAGCAUAUUCAUCAAAACAUGAAGUUAUGUAAUAAAGUAUCAGAAAUUGGUCAUGGGACAACAGGAUUUGCAUUUAUCAAUCCUGAGAGAAUUAUCAUGGUUACAGAUGGGAAAGUUACAGGAAAAAAAUUGGGCUUCUACUUUGUUUGUCCAAGAGUUUCUUGUAAGAGAAGGAGAAUCAAGAGAAGAAGGAUGUGUGGAUAUUGGAAGUAUGGCUGGGUUCCUUAUGUGCGGCUGAACAGCAGAAAGAUAUUUGUUGUUGGAAAAUAUCCGAACCAAAUACUUAUUUCUUGUGCAGGUCUUACUUACUGGUAUAAAAUGAUUGUUGACGAUCUAAAGAUUAGGGUAGAGAAUGAUGAGAUUUUGACACCUGAGAUUUGUGCUGGAAUUGCAAGUGAAACAAUGGAUGUGGACGCUAACUAUGUGGAUGAGACCUUACGCCCGGAUGCUCCUAGUAUUCACGAGGCUUAUGCAGAAAUGUUUUUCGGAGGCUUCAUAGGAGAGGGACCUCAGAGAAGAUUAUCUCUAUUCUUGUGCAUCAAAAAUGAGUUUGCAGAAAUCAUUGAAUCCAGCAGAAUCCCAGAAUUCACCGAAGAAGAGUUGGAUAAUAUGGGUGUUAGUUUCAUGGGAAUUGGAACCGGUGGUGAAACAGCGUCUAGAGUUUUAGCAGGACAUCAGGAAGGGCUAAAUCAAGUUGGAUUACCAGGUGCACACUACACUAAUAAGGUUCUAGAUGCGAUGCAAAAUGCUAUAGUUGAAGAUAAAGAUUCAGGUGGAAUGGUUACAGUUGCUCAAAUGACACAGGAAAGUGUUCAAUUUGAAUAUUUUGACUAUGAUGGUUAUCCUUCUAUUCCAAUAUUCUAGCUCUUCUCUUCUUGGAAUUAUUGGUUUUGUACUGAUUUUGUACCUGGUCUUCUUCCUUGAACCUUGAUGUACUGAAAAUCUAUGUAAGCUUUACUUUGAUGUUUCAAUUUGAAUCUUCUACCAA